CUGCUUUGGUUUGGACGGGGGGAAAUCCUUAACUGAAUUGCGUCAUAAAUACGUCAAUAAACUCUCAUUCACUGACGGUCAGGUACCACGGUAGCCGCCAUAUUCGCAUCCAUGGCAGGGUAGCGGUGCUCUCGGCGAGCGUGUGAUCCAGUCAUCAACAUCUACCGCGUCCCCCCUCCGGAUCCGGUCCCGGUAGCGGCCACCCAGCGUGCAUCCGAACAUCAAAGCAGAAACAGCCGGACUUCCACACAAGGGGGGGAAAGAACAUGCAACGUGGAGCGGGGGUCUAGGUGGACUACGAUGCCUUAGACUGAGAGAGGAAUCCUGGCACAAGAUGGAGGUAAACAGCGUUAGUAGUGAGGUCAAUGGACAUCAGAUCAUGGACGAGCCCAUGGAGGAGGGAGAGUCUUUCUCACACUGUGAUGACGGGACAUAUAAGGAGAUCCCUAUCACCCACCAUGUGAAAGAGGGCUGUGAAAAAGCUGAUCCGUCUCAGUUUGAACUACUCAAAGUCCUCGGCCAGGGCUCUUUUGGCAAGGUGUUUCUUGUCAGGAAGAUUGUGGGUCCAGAUGCUGGUCAGUUAUAUGCAAUGAAAGUUCUAAAAAAGGCAUCUUUGAAAGUCAGGGACAGAGUUCGCACUAAAAUGGAAAGAGACAUUUUAGUGGAAGUCAAUCAUCCCUUCAUAGUGAAAUUGCACUACGCCUUUCAGACAGAAGGGAAACUGUAUUUAAUACUGGACUUUCUCAGGGGAGGGGAUGUAUUCACUCGCUUAUCCAAAGAGGUUAUGUUUACAGAGGAAGAUGUGAAAUUCUACCUUGCAGAGCUGGCCCUGGCCCUCGACCACCUGCACAACCUGGGCAUAGUUUACAGAGAUCUCAAGCCAGAGAACAUCCUACUUGAUGAAGCUGGACAUAUAAAGUUAACAGACUUUGGCUUGAGUAAAGAGUCAGUAGAUGCUGAUAAGAAGGCUUAUUCCUUCUGUGGUACGGUGGAGUAUAUGGCCCCUGAGGUGGUCAACAGGAGAGGACACACGCAGAGUGCAGACUGGUGGUCUCUGGGAGUACUAAUGUUUGAGAUGCUAACAGGGACAUUACCGUUCCAAGGGAAAGACCGCAACGAGACCAUGAACAUGAUUCUCAAAGCUAAGUUGGGAAUGCCCCAGUUCCUAAGUUUGGAAGCCCAGAGUUUGCUGAGAAUGCUGUUUAAACGUAACCCCGCUAACAGACUAGGGGCCGGGCCCGAUGGAGUGGAGGAGAUCAAACGGCACGCUUUCUUUUCCACCAUCGACUGGAAUAAACUGUACAGGAGAGAGCUCCAGCCCCCAUUCAAGCCUGCAGCAGGUAAACCAGAUGACACGUUCUGCUUCGACCCAGAGUUCACCGCUAAAACGCCUAAAGAUUCCCCAGGUAUCCCGCCCAGCGCUAACGCCCACCAGCUCUUCAAAGGCUUCAGCUUUGUUGCUCCAACCCCGAUGGAUGAGAACAAGAGCUCCCCGCUGCUCAGCAUACUCCCCAUAGUUCAGAUGCACGGGGGCUCGGCCAAGUUCUCCGAUCUGUACGAGCUGCAGGAGGACAUAGGGGUUGGCUCCUACUCUAUUUGUAAACGCUGUGUACACCGAGUCUCUGCUAUGGACUAUGCUGUGAAGAUUAUAGACAAAAGUAAGAGGGACCCCUCUGAGGAGAUUGAAAUCCUGAUGCGAUACGGACAGCACCCCAACAUCAUCACUCUGAAAGACGUGUAUGAUGAAGGCAGGUAUGUGUACCUGGUAACGGAGCUGAUGAAAGGAGGGGAGCUGCUGGAUAAAAUCCUCAGGCAGAAGUUUUUCUCUGAGAGAGAGGCCAGUGCUGUGCUCUACACCAUCACCAAGACUGUUGACUACCUCCACUGCCAAGGGGUGGUACACCGAGACCUGAAGCCCAGCAACAUCCUGUACAUGGACGACUCGGGGAAUCCUGACUCCAUCAGGAUCUGUGACUUUGGAUUCGCCAAGCAGCUUCGGGGAGGCAACGGCUUGCUCCUCACCCCCUGUUACACGGCAAACUUUGUGGCACCAGAGGUACUAAUGCGACAAGGUUAUGAUGCAGCCUGUGAUAUAUGGAGUCUUGGAGUUCUACUGUAUACCAUGUUGGCAGGGUACACACCGUUCGCUAAUGGGCCAAACGACACACCAGAGGAGAUUCUUCUCCGGAUAGGAUCUGGAAAGUUCUCUUUGACGGGUGGCAACUGGGAUACUGUAUCAGACACCUCGAAGGACCUGCUUUCCCAUAUGCUUCAUGUGGACCCUCACCAGCGAUACACAGCCGAGCAGGUUCUAAAGCAUUCCUGGAUCACAUGUAGAGAUACGCUACCACACUUCCAGCUCACACGCCAUGACGCACCGCACCUCGUCAAGGGAGCCAUGGCUGCCACCUACUCAGCACUGAGCCAGAAAACAAGUCAGCCGGUGCUGGAGCCCGUGGCGGCGUCCAGUUUAGCCCAGAGACGCAGCAUGAAGAAACUCACCUCAACAGACAUGUAGACUCGCAUCGCCCGCCCUCCAGUUUGGACCUCACUCUCAGUCGGACUCUCAUACGCAAAUGCGCACACAGACCCAAGUCUUGGCCAGUCAGAGCUACUGUCUCCCUGUUUUUUUGUUUUUUUUCUUAUUUUAAUUUUUUUUUUUAAAUCUAUUUAUUUGACACACCCUACAUCUGCAUUCACACCCGCUUACACACACACACACACACACACACACUGGACGAGGUUGCGUUGCGAAGAAGUCAGCCGAAGAGGAGAGAGGGGAAUCUCACAUAUCUGUUACUUGCUGGGGAGACAGACUUGUAUUUAUUUCCACAGCUUUCAUAUGCACUUGCCCUCCUCGCCUUUCAUUCUUUCUUCCUCGUGUGGGGAAGAAAUGCACCAGCUGAUGUUCUCCUUCACUGUGAUUGGCUGAUUCAAAGCUGCUUUGGUAAACUGUGCCCCCCCCUUCCUCCCUCCACCUCCACCUCCUCUCUCCCCAACUCCCACCCCUUCCUCUCCCCACUGCUCUUCAUCUUCACUCCGCCAUCCUCCUCCUCCUCCUCCUCCUCACUUCCUCCCUCCCUCCUUCCCUCGGUUGCUCUCUCGGAACUUCUUCAAAGUGAAGUAAUGAUUUAUGUGGACGAGUGCUGGCGAGGUGAUAUUGACCGAGGCGUAUCGUUAAGACUGUUUCCUCUCAGACAAAAAAAAAGAAGCAAAAAAAUGAAAAGAAAAAUAUGCUUGUUGCAGAUUUAAAAAAAAAAAAAGUCCAUCAGGAUCAAAAUCAUCUCCCAGCACUUUGAGUCACAUGACAGCAUGUGUGGACCGAACCUGUGUCGCCCCCGUUUCCCCUGAAAACUCACCGUCUGACUCAUGUUACUUUGUGAUGCUAACAAUGUACGGACAGAGGUUUAAUAAGCUGCAGACGGACAAAAGAUAACGUCUAGAUAACGUCUAGAGUGUCGAAGGUGAAACAAUGUGGUAACCAUAACAGAAACUCUCUUGUUUGCAAAAAAUAUAUAUAAAUAUAGAUAUAUAUAUAUAUAUAAAAUGAAGAUGAUGAAGAGCAUGUGGGGGAGCUGUAGGGAUUUCUCUGGGGGGGACGGGACGCACCCCGUCGAACCAGAGAGGCUGAAUUUUAAAAAAAUAUAUAUAUUUCCAUGGAUAUCUCUUCAAAAAGACAUUGUGGAAAUUGUAUGAUAUUGUAUUUAUUUCAUUUGAUUUUUAAGAUUCUAUUUUUCUUUCAAGUUCUGUAUAUAUUGACAUUAAAGAUCAUUAUUGACAUGCA